CUCACUUCCGGGUUCCGUGGGCACACGUGAUAAUUCACCGACAUGCUCAUGCUUUAUGGUGAACUAGGAGACUGGGAAACACUCUGAUUGAUCGUUGUCUGAAGUGCUUCAUAUAGGCUAAUACGCUGAAUUAUAAGGGACCACAUAAACAGCUGUCAUCGGAACGGUACCCGACCCUCUAAAGGUCAGAGAAGAUGGAAGUGAAGGAGCACAAGAAGCACAAUAAGAAGCAGAGUGGGCCGCAGGCAGAAAGGAAGAAGUAUCGCAAGGAGGUGGCGGCAUCGGAGAAGGAUGAGAGGAAGCGGAACCCCAAGGCGUUUGCAGUUCAGUCUGCCGUGCGCAUGGCCCGCACGUUCCACAGAGCUCAGGACCUGAAGACAAAGAAACACCACAUCCCUCAGGUGGACCGAUCCCCCCUGGAGCCUCCGCCAGUGGUGGUGGUUGUGGUAGGACCCCCACGGGUGGGGAAAAGCACCCUCAUUCGCUGCCUGAUUAAAAACUUCACCCGGCAGAAACUCAGUGAUAUCUGCGGUCCCAUCACCAUCGUCUCAGGAAAGAAGCGGCGACUGACCUUCAUUGAGUGUGGGAACGACAUCAACACAAUGAUAGACUUGGCCAAGGUGGCCGAUCUGGUGCUGAUGUUGAUAGACGCCAGUUUCGGUUUCGAGAUGGAGACCUUUGAGUUCCUGAACAUCUGCCAGGUGCAUGGCUUCCCCCGUGUUAUGGGCAUUCUCACCCACCUGGACUCCUUUAAAAACAACAAGACCCUGCGCAAGACCAAAAAGUGCCUCAAACACCGCUUCUGGACCGAAGUCUACCAGGGGGCCAAGUUAUUUUAUCUGUCAGGCAUGGUGCACGGGGAGUACCAGACUCAGGAGGUGCGGAAUCUUGGCCGCUUCAUAUCCGUCAUGAAGUUCCGCCCGCUGGUGUGGCAGACCUCACACCCCUACGUGCUGGCAGACCGUAUGGAGGACCUGACCGACCCCGAGGCUUUGAGAGUGGACCCAAAAUGCGACCGCACCGUCUGUCUCUACGGAUACUUGCGUGGAACAUACCUGAAGAACAAGUCCCAGGUCCAUAUUCCAGGCAUGGGUGAUUAUGGCGUGUCGGACAUCAGCUUCCUGCCAGACCCGUGCCCGCUGCCAGAGACUCUGAAGCGGCGUGCUCUAAAUGAGAAAGAGCGCCUGCUCUACGCCCCCAUGGCUGGCGUCGGGGGUGUUGUGUAUGACAAGGAUGCUGUUUACAUCGACCUGGGGGGCAGUCAUGCCCAGCAGCAACAGGAGGAGGUUCGGCCCACUACAGAGCUAGUCCAGUCCCUUAUUGGGACGCACGCCACACUGGAUGCCAAGAUGGCCGCCAGCAAAGUGUCGUUGUUCACGGGUGCGGCCGCUCUGACACCAGAGGAGAUACAGGGCGUGGGAGAGCACCCCACUCCACAGGAGAGUCAGGUUUGGGACCCAGUUAACCAGAGAGUGAGGAGGAGGGCUGUAUUCACUGAGGGAGAGGAGGAAGAGACUGAUGGGAGUGAGGGAGAGGAGGAGGAUGAGAAAGAGGGAGAGAGUGAGGAGGAGGAAGAGGGCAAAAUUGAGGGAGGAGAAGAGGGAGAGAGUGAUGGAGAGAGUGAGGAAGAGAGCAAUGGAGAGAGUGAUGGGGAAAGUGAAGAAAAGAGAGAAAAGAGGCUGGUGGAGGAUCAGCAGAAAGAGGAAGCUCCACCUGCGAAGAGGCAGAAAGGGGAAAAGGCAGGGUGGGGCCUGGAGAAGACUGUAAAGUCAGAGUCAAAAAUAGAGGUCCUGGCCUUCGCUGACAGCGAUGAUGACCUGGAGGCGAGCGAGGAAGAGGAGAGUGAAGGAGAGACUGACAGUGAGGAGGAGGAGGAGGAGGAAGACGAGGAGGAGGAAAGGGAAGUAGGGGGUCAUGGAGCAGCUGACUCUGGACAUUGUUCUGAGGAAGAUGAAGAUGAGGAAGAGUCAGAGAGCUCCGAUAUGGAGGAAGAGUUCACCCUUCCUAAAGCUACCCACAGUGAGGUCAAAAGACCAAAGGUCCCUCCCCAACCAGAGGAGGAAGAAGGGGAGGAUGAUGAUGAUGAUGAGAUUGAGGUGUCUGUAGGAGCUCUGCAGUGGAAGGAGGGACUGGCACAGAAGGCAGCGGAAGCAUUCGUACGGCAACAGGCUGCCACCCCUAACCUGCGCAAACUGGUGUAUGGCACAGUGGUACAGAAUGAAGAGGAUGAUGAGGGUGAGGAGGAGUUGGGGGGGCUGUUCAGAGUCAGCCGCCCAGAGAAGAGCAAACGAGAGCGUGCCGAUGCCCUAGACUGCUCACGCUUCGCUCCUGACGCCAGUGAUGACUGGGACCAGGAACAGAUGCUGGACUCCAUCAGGGACUGCUUUGUGACGGGAACAUGGGAGGGAGAUAAAGAUGCUGCCACGCUUCUGAAGGAGGAUGAGGAGCUGUAUGGAGACUUUGAGGAUUUGGAGACUGGAGAGGUGCACAAGGGGAAUUCUGGGAAGGUAGAGGUAUACCCUGAUGAGGAGGAGAGUGGAGAGGAAGAAGAGGAACAGGAGCCAUUGAUGAAGACCGAUAAAGAGGAAGACCAGAAGAAGAAGCGGCUUGAGAAGAAAAGGCGCUUGAAGGAGCGCUUUGAUUCAGAGUACGACGAUGGAGAUGCCACCUACUUUGAUGACCUGAAGGAGGAGAUGCAGAAGCAGGCUGAGCUGAACCGGGCAGAGUUUGAGGAUGUGGAUGAUGAAACGCGGGUCCAGUACGAGGGAUUCCGGCCCGGGAUGUAUGUGCGCCUGGAGAUCCCCACUCUGCCUUGCGAGUUUGUUUCCAACUUUGACCCCCACUAUCCCAUCAUCCUCGGUGCCCUGGGGUCCAGCGAGGGCAAUGUGGGAUACUUACAGAUGAGAUUGAAGAAGCACCGUUGGCACCAGCGAAUCCUGAAGACGCGCGAUCCCCUCAUCCUGUCGCUUGGGUGGCGCCGUUUCCAAACCAUCCCGCUGUACUACAUUGAAGACCACAACGGGCGGCACCGCCUUCUGAAAUACACGCCCCAGCACAUGCACUGCGGUGCCACCAUCUGGGGACCAAUUACUCCCCAGGGGACUGGAUUUCUGGCUGUCCAAUCUGUGUCAGGUACUCAGGCAAGUUUCCGCAUUGCUGCCACGGGUGUGGUGCUGGACCUAGACAAAUCGGUGACCAUUGUGAAGAAGUUGAAGCUCAUUGGCUAUCCACAUAAAAUCUACAAGAACACGGCAUUCAUCAAGGGAAUGUUUAAUUCGGUGCUGGAGGUGGCAAAGUUUGAAGGGGCGUCUGUCCGGACAGUCAGCGGGGUCAGAGGUCAGAUCAAGAAAGCGCUACGGACCCCACCUGGGGCUUACCGGGCCACUUUUGAGGACAGGCUGCUGAUGAGUGAUAUUGUGUUCCUGCGGUCCUGGUACCCGGUGUCGGUGCCACAGCUCUAUAACCCCGUCACCUCCUUGCUGCAGCCCGUGGGCCAGAAGGACACCUGGACGGGUAUGCGGACGCUUGGGCAGAUCAAACAGGAUCUUGGCGUGCGAAACAAGCCCAACAAGGACUCCCUGUACAAGCCUGUGGUGAGGACAAGGCGGCACUUCAACCGCCUGCACAUACCUAAGCAGCUGCAGAAAUCCUUACCCUUCAAGAGCAAACCCAAGCAAGACCAGCCCAAGGGCCGCACCCCCCGAGACCUACAGAGACCCGCUGUGAUCCGGGAGCCCCACGAGAGGAAGGUGGCCUCGUUGCUGGCAGCCCUGAGCACUGUGCACUACGAACGGAGAAAGAAAGCGCGGACGCAGAAGCACACCCAGCAUAAGGAGUUCCUUCAGGAGAAGGAGCGUGAGGGAGCAGAGAGAGAGAAACGGCACAAGGAGGCGCGCAAGAAAAUGUAUUGCAUGCUCGGGCAGCAGGAGAAGAAGAGGCAGCGGUCCAGCCUGAAGGGCGCCCCCCAGGAUGACUGAGCGUGACCGCCUGUUGACCUCACACAGGAAAGGGUGGGAGAGAAGUGUGGAGUGCCGUGUGACUCAUCCUGAUGGAUGUCUCAGCGCGUUUGUCUGCUCCGCCCAUCUACAUCCGGACGUCACUGACCGUCAUUGCGGCUUGUUUGUUCUGCCAUUGGGAAACGCUGCGGCGCCCAACAGCACUGCCACUCUGAUCGAGUGAGUGUGUGCGUCUGUGUGUGUGCGUGUGUGUGCGUGUUUGUGUGUGUGUAUGUGUAUGAUGGCCUGAAACUCUGUAUUCACUUCCUAAAAGAAUAUAUCUCUGGUCAUUGUUAGGACAAAUGCUGAUUUUAUCGUUUUUCCUUUAAGCAAAGUAAGCAAAUAAAUGUUUCUCCUUUUUUAAAGUUGGCCAGUUCCACAUAUGUACAAUACAUCAUAAUCUUGCAAUACUUUCUAAAUAUUGUUUAGAAAAACAUUUAACCUGUAUGCAUUGUUUUAAAAGGGAUAGUUCACCUUUGGGUUUUUUUCAUGUUUUAAAUUGGUCCAGACAAUUAUGUGCAGUGAGGGACAUUUUAGAUUCUUUUACAAGUUCUGGAUUACCAGUUACGAUUUGUAACUCUAUACCACUUGUCUAGCAGCGUUAUUUUUCCUGAGGGUGUACUUGCAGACAGAUUAAUUUUCUAGUAUCUAUUCAUAAUUAUUAGUUUUUGUGUUUAUUAUUUUUUCAAGAUUAAGAAAAAAAGUUGUUGAAAUGGCGUGUGGUCUAAAGUCACGUUCACAAAAGAUGGUGAUAAAGUUUCUUGCUUGCUUCUGACAGCGAUUGGCAUGCAAGUCUUUCUCAUAUCCAUUCGGCCACUGCUUCAGUGAAAUGCUCACUUACGUACAGUUGACACGCACUGGAUUUUCAAUUUCCAGUUUCCAUCAAUGUAGCAGAUGGUUAUGCUGCAGUUGCUCUUCAUGGCUCUACCCAUCAGUCAUGAUGACAAUUAAGUCAGCCUUUUUCAGUUUUUCAACAUGAGAUUUUGUCUGCUCAUAAACAACAGGGCAACACUUUUUAGCUGAAUUGUGGUGGACACGGAAAUCGGUACCAUGGCUCUUCCAUAUUCAGUGGUUUGAAUUCCCCAGUAUUUCCCACAGGAUUUUAUGAGACUAUGGUGGGUGGACCUUGGACCCUCUAGGGGGGUCCGGGGGCAUGUUCCCCCAGAAGAAAAAUUUGUACAUUUUAAAGUUAAAUGCAUCAAUCUGGUGUACUUUGAGAGCAAAAUUAAGAGGCUAGAUCUAUGAAGAACUUUGUGCUCUUGUAAACAAUUUUAUGCUCUAGUAAACAAUUUAAUCAUAAACACAUUGGUCAACACAUAAACACAAAAGUCCAUAUUUCAUGCGUGGGGGCCUUUAAUACAGAUUUAUGAUUUAUCUUGUAGGUAGAGGACAUGGUAUUCAUCAACUCUCAUUGCCUUUUGUAGCUGACAUUUGUAUUGUACCUCUCCAAAAAUGAAUGAAAUGCUUUUUGUCCAUU